AGAGUCUGAAUUUCAGGCAAGGUAUAGGUUUUCGAAAGAAAGCAUUCAAAUUCUAACAAACUUGCUUAAUGAUGAUCUUAAAAGACCUACCCACAGAAGUCAUGCAAUUCCGCUAGAAACUCAGAUUAAAAUUGCAUUAAGAUAUUAUGCUUCUGGCAGCUUUAUGCAAGUCAUUGGAGAUACGUUCGGGUACAAUAAUUCAACCGUUUCAAGGAUUAUUCAGGCAGUGACGGGUGCAAUAUGCUCUCAUGGGGCAGAUUUUCUUCGUUGGCCUGAGGAGACUUCCAAACCAGCCAUUAUAAAUGGAUUCUAUGACAUUGCCAGAUUCCCAUGUGUUAUAGGAGCAGUGGAUGAAACUCACAUUCGCAAACAAGCACCCAGUGAUAAUGAGUAUGCAUUCGUCAACAGGAAAAACUUCCAUUCCAUCAAUGUUCAGGGUAUCUGUGACCACGAAGGAAAAUUCACCAACAUUGUUGCCAAGUGGCCAGGGUCAACACAUGACAGCUUCAUUUUCCGAAAUUCUGAUGUUGGGAUACACUUGGAUCAAAACCACAGAGGAUUUGAUGUUGAUGGACUGUUGUUAGGAGAUAGUGGUUAUGCCUGUAAACCUUAUCUCAUGACUCCUUAUUUAAGGCCUUCAACACGACAACAAGAGAGAUAUAACAGUGCUCAAUCCAGGACAAGGUCCGUGAUUGAAAGGACUUUCGGACGCUGGAAAAGACGGUUUCAUCUGCUGCAUUCAGAAAUCAGGUUGACCCCGGACAGAGUCUGUAAAGUUAUUGUUGCCUGUGCCAUUUUAUUUAAUUUUGCUAUUUUGCAAAAAGAGCCAAUGGUAGAUGACCGGGAAAUAGAAGAUGUUGAUGUUGGACAAGAUUUGGGACAUCAAAACGGAAUGAAUAUCCGUAACUUAAUUGCCACAACUUAUUUCUAGUGUAAUAUAAAUUGAAUCAAACAAACUGAUGAAAUAACAUUUAUUUUUAUUUUCAUGAUGCUGGUCAUUUCUAGCACUGAUUUCAAUUUGUAAAUCUCUUUGUUUUGUUACAGUUUAUUCAUACAAAUAAUUUUUGGAAAGCUUUAAAAUGUACAUGUGCAAUAUGGUUUAAUGCUACAUUUUCUUAACGUAGAUAGUACAAAAUUACAAUUGUUUCCCUAAUAUAAUGAGGAUAAAUCUUUUAGCUUCAUGCAGACUGUACUUGUAUAUAAAUUGUUUUCACAGAAUAUAGUUUUUUUUUUUUGCAGCAGAUUAGAAAAAGACUCAAAAAAUCAGUCCACACUGAUUUUACAAAGAGAAAUAUUAAAAUUUUCACAAAUUAUUUUUUUAUAAUCACUAAUUUGUUAAUCACACAAUUAAUUGAAGAUCUAACAAUUGAUACUGGAAUGUAAAGUCUCACUGUUCAUUAUCAUUUAAUUCCUGUUUCAAUUUCUUGAUCUUUAAUUUCAGGAGAGUUUUUUUCUAGCUCUAGCUUUUCUCGUUCAGAUAUAAUUUUUCUUUUCUCUUGAAGGAUUCUUGUUUUGUCCAGCUUCAGAACUUCAAUUUGAAGCUCCUGGUAGGUUUGCUUUUUCUUUGGCUGGGUCACUGAUACCGGUUAAGUUAUUGAAGAUUUAGCCUUUGUUGUUAUUGGUGCUACAACGGAACUUACAGAAGCU